UCCCAGGUACGCGGCGAGGAGCGCGGGUGCCGCCUGCCCUGCGAGUGCCGCGCGGAGCCGCCUGCCUGCGCGCCUGGCGUGCCCUCAGUGUUGGACGGCUGCUCCUGCUGUCUGACCUGUGCCCGGCAGCGGGGGGAGAGCUGCUCCGAAGCGACGCCCUGCGACGAGAGCGCCGGCCUUUACUGCGACCGCCAGGCAGGGACGGAGGGCGGCCCCGGCGUCUGUAUGGACCUUGAAGGAGACAACUGUGUUUUUGAUGGGAUUAUUUAUCGAAGUGGUGAGACAUUCCAGCCCAACUGUAAAUACCACUGUACCUGCAGGGAUGGACAGAUCAGCUGUGUGCCCCUCUGCAAUGUUGAUUUGUUGCUUCUUAGCCCUGAAUGCCCCUUCCCAAGGAAAAUAGAAGUUCCCAACGAAUGCUGUGAACAAUGGUCAUGUGACCCUAAAGAAGAUGACACUGGAGGCUUUGCAACAGCAGCAUUCAAACAGGAAGCUACCUUGGGGAUUGAAGCAUCUGACUCAAGUUUUAACUGCAUCGAGCAGACAACAGAAUGGAGCGCGUGUUCCACCAGUUGUGGAAGGGGUGUCUCCACCAGAGUCACCAACAAGAACCCAAUGUGCAAGAUGGUGAAAGAGAUCAGGCUAUGCGAAGUGCGGCCCUGUGAAAAAAAUCAACUAACUGAUAAGAAGGGGAAGAAAUGUCUCCGAACUAUAAAGGCUCACACAGCUGUCCAUCUGGAAUACAAGAACUGCACCAGCAUCCAGAUGUAUAAACCCCGAUACUGUGGCAUCUGCGGUGAUGGACGGUGCUGCACUCCACACACGACCAGAACAAUCCAGGUGGAAUUCCGUUGUCCUCGAGGCAACACUAUCAAACACCCUGUGAUGUCCAUUUCUACUUGUGUGUGUCACAGCAACUGUCCUCAGAAUAGCAAUGCUUUUGUUCGAAAGCUCAGUUGAAUGAGCCGCUCAAAAAUGAGACUAGCCUUGCAACACUUUAACAACAUUUAUCUUCUUUUUUGGGAGGGAGGCAGAAUCAGACGCUUUGCUUCCAGAUCCAGUCUAUCCAUCAUUUCAUUUCUAGGUAACCCAUUUCGGUUCCUGUGGAAUUUUUUGCAAUCAUGCUUGCUUCAAACAAUGUUGCCUCAUUAAAAUAUUGUCACUUGCGGGGAAUGCAGUUUUUCUUUCUAAGCAGCUUCUCCCUCCUUGGCUACAUGUAUUAGCAUGCCACAAAUCAUAUUUCUGCAUUGUCCUCCCUGGACCAACUGUUUAAACUUGAUGGGCAAGA